GUCUUUGUCACAUGGGACUGCAUUCUAGUUUCAGACCACCUCUGCCAACUCUACCUUGUCUCGUGUGGACAAAAUCUGACCCUCUUUUCCUUCAACCAUUAAUUCACCAGAUUCAAAAUGGAAAAACUCUCUCAAAUCUGAGUCCUCGGAAUAGAAGCAGAAACCUGUACAUAUUUCCUCGAAACACACAGUUCUAUUUUCCUAUUCAAUUCUGUGAAUAAACAAUUCUCUUUUGACCCACAAAAUACAAAAAAGAAAAGCAAAAAAGAAGUUAAUCCUGACCAUUAUUGUUCUGCUUAUAGUACAUACAGAAGUGUAAACAAGAAAGUCUUCAAGAAGAAAGACAAAAAGGAAGAAUUAGAAAGUGUAAACAAGAAAAUCUUCAAGCUUCAAUUUUUAUGAGUUUCGGACCAAUCAAAGGUAAGUUUCUGCAUAUCUUCAGUUUCGUGAUUUUUAUUUUUCACUUUCUGGUUUCAUCUGUUUUUGUAUUAUGUGUGUGAAGCUGGAAAUUUUGGAUUCUUAGGAAAGAAAUAAUAGGACAGCUCUAUUGAAAAUGAAAGGUGGGAUUUUUGUGCAGUACUGAAAAUGAAAUUUUUGGGUUUAAAAAUCUUAUAAUACAAAUAUUUAGUCAUUGAUACAGUUGGCAACACUUACAAAGUUUCUGUUUUUUCAAGAAUUUUGGGUCUAACUAUGUAUCUAUUUCCUCAAUGAAAUUAAUUAAGUCAAGGACAGCUUAAAUUGGAACAAUUAAGGAAGCAAUGUUGCCUAUGUUGAUUUAAACUGACGACUAUGAAGAAGAAUUCUGCUUCGUUAAGAAAUUCGGGUGCAUAUACCAGCCCGGGGACGCCGGAGUAUGGCGAUAACAAUGUUGGGGGAAUUUCAAAAGGUUGGAGUUCCGAGCGAGUUCCAAUCCCUACGAAUAGUAGCCGGAGGCAUAUUAAUGCUGCUGCAUUUAUGCCAUUUAAUGGUGGAAGGACCCUUCCUUCAAAAUGGGAUAACGCUGAGAGAUGGAUUACGAGCCCAGUUUCGGGUUAUGGUGCUGGUAAGUCACCGAUUGUGCAACCUCAGAGGCGGCCAAUGUCGAAGAGUGGACCAUUGGGGGCUCCAGGACUUGUGCCGAUGCUCGAAGGUGGGAGCAUGAGGAAUUUCGUGCCCAAUUCACCACUUACGACCGGGGUCUUGGUGCCCGAUGGCUUAACCAUUCAUUAUGGUGCUGGCAUUUCUGCAAAAUCGAACUCUUUUUAUCCUGAGAAUAGCAUGGUUCGAUCCACUUGCGUGCCUGGCUUAUCGGAUAUGCUAAGUGAAUCUUCGAUGCCAAGCCCCCAAGAUGAUAAACCAGAUAGAACCAAGAAGGAUGAAGCUAUAGUUUCAUGGGAUAUUUCAAAUAGGGAUAUGGCAACUCAGAUGAGCCCGGAUGAAAGCACCCAUUCUUCUUCCAAAGGAAGGUUAUCAUUCUCUGGUCUCCCUAUUUCACUUCCAAGAUUAGUAGAGCCGCACAGCAAUCAUUCAGUGAAAGACGAAGUCAGGGACGUCCAGGUAGACAAAAGUGUCACUGUAGCCAGGCAGUCCAAGAAACAUGGAUCAAGAAAGAUGAGAGGUUUGCCAAACGCUGCAGAUUUACCUUCACAGUUGGAUGUUGCAGAUGCAUCAAAUAGCAUGUCAAGGCUGCAAAGAGAGGAAGCCAAGAUCACUGCUUGGGAGAACUUGCAGAAGGCAAAAGCUCAGGCAGCAAUGCGAAAACUCGAGGUGAAACUUGAAAAGAAGAGAUCGGCAUCCAUGGACAAAAUCUUGAAGAAGCUGAAAACUGCUCAGAUGAAAGCACAAGUCAUGAGAAACUCAUCGUCCAAAAACCAUGCUCGGCAAGCUCCAAGAACUUCUAACAGACGGUUUUUCUUCUGUACAUAUGUCAGGAUGGGUUCUCUCAGCAAUUGCUUUUGCUGCCAUGGAAACUAGUCCCCACUUUAUCCUUCUCUUAUUCAUUAUUCAGUGAUGCAGCGCGUCAUUAAGGAAAUUCAGUCCAAAAUAUAUAUCAUUUUGAUCUUUAUGAUUGAGAAUAGUUAGCAACUCGAGUCAUGUUGACAAAAUGACUAGAAAAUUAAGUUUUGUUGGCCAACUAUAUAAUCAGCGGAAGCAGCCCAGGGGUUGUAUGGUAAAGGAAUAACUUUAUUUGAAUCUAUAAAUAUCUGGGUACAAGACUACCUUCUUUUCUA